AUGAAGGUCACCAUUGAUGAGGUGCCGGUGUAUUUUCCUCACCCAGAGAUUCACCCGGAACAACUCCGGUACAUGCACUAUCUUAAAACUGUGUUGGACAGAAAAAGUCAUGGAAUCCUCCAAAUGCCAAAGAACAAAGGGAAGAGUUCGGCUCUCAUUUCUUUCAUAACGAGCUACAGAUUGUGGAAGCCAGAGAAUUUGCAGAUGAAACUCAUAUACUGUGCUCGCAACCUGGAGGAGACGGAGAACAUCUUGUCGGAGCUCAAAACUAUAUACCAGCUCCAGCGCCACUUCCUUGGCGAUGCUGCAAAUAUGCUUGCCAUCGGUUUCGCUACCCGCAUGAAUAAACUCUGCAUCAACUCUACUAUCACGGAAUUUUCCAUCAGUGAUGAAUUCGUUGAUUCAAAGUGUCUUGGCUGUACUGCUAGUUGGAUAAGAGAACUUGCCCUCCACAAUACCAACAUUAAUAUUUGUUCUUAUUUUGAGAAGUAUCAAGUGGAUAGGCCUGUUCUACCACCAGGUGUCUACACCAUUGAGGACCUUCAUGAAUUGGGAGAGGAUGAGCAGAAUGACUUUUGUCCUUAUUUCGUGGCUAUUGAUGCGUUGCGCACUGCGAACGUGGUGGUUAUUUGUGGGUAUAAUUACUUGCUGAAUCCUAAGUAUGCUGGAAUUAUAUCAAGUAAAUUGAUGGACGAAAGUAUAGUUGUACUAGAUGAUGCAGAAGACAUUCUUGAGGUUUGUAAGACAUCUCUCAGUGUCGCUGUCUCGAUGCAUACUCUCACUAGUACCUCCUUAUUUGUGAAGGAGAUGCGUCUUCAACUUGAAAGUUUCAAUGCCAACGAUCCAGAUAGAUUACGCGCUGAGUAUGAUAGACUCUUGCAGGGUUUGACACGAAAUGGAGAUGACCUUCCUCCCUCUGAUGUGUGGCGAGCACAUCCAGCCCUGCCAGCUGACGUGUUAGUGCAGCCUAUGCCUGAAGACAUUCGCUCUGCCAGUAAUUUUCUUACUGCUUUACAGCAUUUGAUUGGAUAUCUUAAGCCCAUGUUAAGUUGUGAAGACGUUCAAGAUGAAAGAAGCCUUCUUAUUUUGGUGGAGCGUUUGCAACCUCACCUUAACCUACAAAGUUUAAGGCUCUUUUAUGAACGCUUUCAUUCACUGAUUUCUACCUUGAAAGUUAAGAAUCCUGCUCAUCUUCAUUGCUCUGAUGCCCGUGUAUUGUGUGAUUUUGCCACAAUGUUGGGCAUUUAUGCUCAGUCCUCUGAGUUCCGUAUUAGAAGAGGUCCUAGAGGGAUGUUGGAGCAUGCUCCUGACGUCCUUUGUCAAUAUGCACUGCAGAUAUGUUGUGAUGAUCCUUCUCUUGCCAUGAAAGUUGUUCUUGAUCGAUUUCAGUCCGUGGUGAUCACAGCCACCACAGGCACUUCUGAUUCCUUAGGUCGAUUCCCUCAAAUUUUAAAGUUCCAACCUAUUGUAUGUCGACCUUUGAAGUUGAAGCUUGUCUACAAAUCACGACUGGUGGCACAUUUGCACCUACAUCAGAAUUGGAUGGUUGGGUUGGAGGCACAUAUUGAUCAGAAGUUGAUGGCUGGGUUGAAGGCACAUAUUGUUGACUUGACAGAUUUUGCCCUUCAUCAGAAGUUGGUGCCUGGGUUGGAGGCACAGAUUGUUCAUAUGGCUAAUUUUGGGCUUGAUCAGAAGUAG